AUGUCCAAAACCCGCUUCUUCGUCUACUAUCUUGACGCUGACGACUUCCAAACCGUCUUGGUUGUCGCAGACGAUACCUUGGAGGCAAUUGUGGAGGCGCUGAACAAAAAAAAUAAGGACUGGAACAUCGAUCCAACGGAGGCCAAAUUUAUCGUUGCGAGUCUUGCGACGUCGAAGAGUCUGCGUGACCGUGUCAUCAGCUAUAUCGAAGUCGGGCAAGGCUGCGAGGAGCUUUCAUACACCAACUAUCUUCCUCCUCUGGGUAUUCCGCACAGGGAUGGGAGUGUAGACAUCAUCUUACGAUUCGCACCCGGUACGUCUUUUCACUCGAGCAUCCUGCGGAGCUGUGCAGAGAUACCGCAGCAAGACGUGCUCGCUCCGCUCCCUGCGAUGGUCAAGAAGGACCUUGACGGUAUCCACCGACGGCUUUCAAAAAGCAAACCCCCCUCCGCAUCUUCACAAAAAGAUUUUGUCGUCGAGAGGGUGACGGAGGAAGUCGAUCUCGUGUAUGGCCGCCCGCAUGAGACGUAUGGCCCCUCGAUCGCGUUUUUCGACCCAUCCAUUGCCCGCCUAAAACAAGAUAUCCAUACCCCCACUACCACGCGAGAGGAGCGGAUCGAACUGUUCCCCAUCUGUGACGGUUUCGUAAAAGUCGCUUCCGAGUUCUACCCCAGCGAAGCCGAACGCCUAUCUGCUGUGGUACCCUGGAUCGAGACGCUAUUCCCUGGUCAUGUCGUCACCCUGGAACCGCCUACCAAAGCAGAAAAAUAUCAUGCGAACAUCCGGUGGUAUUUCCCAUCUAUCGACGGUCCGUUGUUACCCUACGCUGUGCUCGAGUUGAAGAACGAGCGCGGGGGGAGAGGCGAUGCUCGGUUCCAAGCUCUCAACUACUACAGAACAUCACUCAAGGCUGCAGAUCACGAAUACCACAAACAUACGAAUUUCCCGGCCCUCAUUCUCACGCUCACCGCGAACGUCUUAUUCAUUGAGGCCGCACUCUUCACCGAUACCAUCUACUGCGAAUUCCUCUCGGUGCUCAACCUAUCCCUCCCGUUCGAGGCCGUUGAGUUCAGUUACCAUGUGGUGGAUGUGAUGGCUGCCGUGCGGCGAUGCUUGAAUAGCCUCCGGGCCGGGUACAGAAAUGUUCUUGCGGACCGUCCCCCCGUCCCCUCUUUGAACCACUUCUUCCCUCAACCCACCGCCCUAGUCGAUACCGAGGAUUCCAAAGCCAAGCCUCGCGCCCUGCCAGAGGGACUGGAGUUUAUCUGUCGACUGGACCAUCUUGGCGCACCUGUCCGCGGAUUAAAGCUGAAACCGAGUACUCGUAGGUGCAACCCUAUCUACCUCGCCAAGUUACACGGGAAGGUGGUGCUCGUCAAGUUCACGGAGCGGUACAACAUCAAAGCGCACGAGAUGCUCAUCGACCCCGGCCUAGCGCCGCCUGUGCACCACUUCGCCCGUAUUGUGGGCGGCUACGUGAUCGUCAUGGAAUACGUCCCCCCAGAGCUGGGCCACGAUCUCAACGACGGGAAGCCCAACGGUACGAGGGAGGAGGUAGCGAGGGCGCUCGGCAUCCUCCACGACGCUGGCAUUGUGUUUGGAGACCUCCGGGAGCAGAACGUGCUGCAUAUCCCCGCGACGGACAACGGCGAUCCCGCCAGGACGUGGCUCAUCGACUUUGAUUGGGCGGGCGAAGCAGGUGUGACGGAGUACCCGCCUAGGAUGAAUCCCGGGGUGGCUUGGGCGGCUGGGAUGGUACCUGGGGCACCGAUGAAGAUCGAGUGUGACAACGAGAUGCUAGAGAUCUUGUUCUCUUGA